AUGUUAGCAGCGCGCGCAGCCACGCCCGCUGCGCAAUCGUGCCACCCCGGGCUCCAAGCAGCCAUGACGCCCGUGCGCACCUUCGCCUCAAUUUCCCACUCGCUCCCCAUUCCUUCCCCACAACGGCUUCCUGCGCGCUUUGAAGCGCAAAGCCGCGUCGCCUCCGUCUCCGGUGUGCGAGCGAGGCGCGCUGGGGGAUUGCGGAUACGAGCCAUGGCGGACAAACCAGACGACAACAGCUCGGGCAAUCCCUCCACGGAGUCGCAAUUCAUGCGCGAGUUGCGGCGCCGGCGCGAGGCCCAGUCCUCCAACAGCCAAUCAGACGCUGCCAGCAAGGCUCCCGGCGCAGGGGCGGGGGGAAGUGCCGCGGGAGGGGGAGGGGAAGGGGGGGCGGGAAUGCGCGACCAGCGGGCGGUUUCGAACGCUCUCAACAGUGAAGGGCUGGAGGGCCUACCAGCAAGAGCAAAGGAGCUGAUCAAACUUGGGCUCUCCUUUUACCUGCCGCUCUGGCCCUUUGCCCUCGCCAUCAUCAUUGCCUUCACCGCUACGUACCUGUUUCUGGGAUCAGACUUUGUGCAUCCGGGCAAGAGUUACGGCGAGGGCCGGCAACCACCAAGCUACAUCGACCCUUACGCGCUGCUAGAGGAGGAAGAGAAGUACAUGGAGAGAAUUCCAUAUGAUAUGAGCACUUAUCUCAAAGAUAACUAUGACCCGGAGUUGGAUGGGUGA